AAAUCACAUUAUAUCACCCGACCUCCAGAAAAAACCUAGGUCAUCUUUCGGUCCUUUCUCUCUGUCGGCGGUUCCGUCGAUCUCGCCGUCUCCAGCACACCGGAAUCAUGCCGCCCUCGAGGUGCUUCUUCCCCUCCCCUCACUGGCCUCUGAUCUCCGCCGCCUCAUCGUCAACACGCCGGCCAGUCCAUCAUCAUAGGACAUCGAUUGCUGCCUCUAGCUCUUCGGCGCCCGCGGCGAAGCUAGGAAGGAGAAGAAGGUCAAGGAGUCGAAGCAGAAGAAGGCAAUGGAGUCAAAGGAGAAAGGCGAGAGCACGGUGACCCUCUCUAGGCUGCUCAACUUCAUCGACGGCCACUGGUCGGCAUGCGGUGGUGAGCGACGCAUCAUCUUCACCACCAACCACGUGGAGAAGCUGGACCCGGGGCUGAUAAGGAAGGGGAGGAUGGUCAUGCACGUUGAGCUGGGGCACUGCGAGGUCGAGCCCUUCAAGGUCUUAGCCAAGAACUACCUAGAAGUGGAGGCGCAUCCCCUGUUCAAGAAGGUGAGAGAGCUUCUGGCGGCAGUGAAGAUUUCUCCGGCCGAUGUUGCAGAGUAGCUGAUGCCCAAGAACAUACGUUCCCACGACAAGGCCACCGGAUGCUUGCAAGACUUGAUCCGUACUCUUUAGACCUUGAUGAACGGCAAGCAGCUGAAGGAUGAGCCCAUUUGAAUCUAGCUAUUGUUAUUGCUAUGAAUUAAUAUGAGUAUUUGCUACUUAAUUAGCAUUAGCUUUUCGCUAAUGAGUAUUUCAAAUGAUCCUACGAAGGAAAAAGUGCCUUUUUAUCUGAUUGAUCUGAUAAAGUGUGUGACUUUAGUGGCGAAUGAUGUGGUAUUAGAGCAGUGCUUCUACCAAAAUUUAUUCUUUCUCUUGAAUUUAAUAUGUGCUCAACUUAGUAUUUUUCAUUACAUGUCCAAAAAGAUCUUAUUCCCAUUCUUAACAUUUUUAGAUUCAGAGUCAGCUUCGUCCAAUGUCUAUGGUUUUAGGGCUCUUUAGCACUAUAAGAUGUGCAGUAACUGAAACAAGUGUUUACAGCAAGGAACCUACGGAAAUAGUAGACUUGUACUGGGAUCAUCUUGGAUUUCGAUGGGUUCCCACUGAUUAUAUGUUGACAAUGAAAUGUAUCCAAAAUGGGAUAUUCACAGAAGGAGAAUUGAUACAUUAUGGGCAGGAUAAGAAGAAAGGAAAAAGGUCUUGAGAUAUGACGAUUUGUAUUUUUUUUUUGUUAUUUAGAUGACUUGUUAGGUUUAUUGUUUAUAUUAUGACGGUUGAACUUUGAUAUGUUUGGAUAUUAUAACUUGUUGUUUUUGUUUUAUUAUGUAUGAAUAUGAAAUGUUUAAUUUUAA